AUGUCGAAAAAAUCGGAGAUAGGACGAAGUCUUGCGGUCUACGAGGUGGACCCCACUGAAUGCCCGUUUAGGGAAUUUCGGGAUAAUGAACUCUCCACGGAGUUUUGGGGGAUGGGUCCAUCUGCCUUUCGAAGCAGUCAUUUCGUUAGCAAAAUUUCAACGAAAGCUCAAGCAGACUAUGUUUGGGUUGAUGACCAAACACAGCCCUUGCCACGAUCAGCAAGACAGUAUCUUCAUGGAUGGGUAAGAGCUGACGAAUUAGCCAUGAACCGAUGGGACGCUGAAGUUGUUGUAUUUGAGGAUAACGGCAGUGGUAAGAUGUCUAUAAUAGAUAUGCAGCUCAGUCACGCACAGGUUCUUCUGAGAUCGUCCUUCUGCAGACGAGUCCUCUCUAUGUGCUUCAUGCUUGAAAGAGUUGAUAGUUUAAUUGUGGAACAUCAAUGGGAGAACUUUGUAUUCACAAUGGCCCCGGAAGGAUGGAGAUCUAGGUUUCAUAUUUAUUCCCCGGGAAUGAAACCUGGUGGUGGGCAACAACAUCGACCGACACAUUCCAAAAAUGGUUGUUAUCUCGUUCGUCUAUUCUAUCUCGGCGCCUGGCGCUGCGUAUGGGUGAGUGAUCAGGUCCCAGUGGAUGCGACUGAUUCACCUCUCCUGCCAUUCUCUCCGCUACUCAGCCGUGCUCCAGUUAAACCAGGCGGUAAACAAGCACCUGCCAUGGUGACUUCAAACGUCGUACAUCUAUGGCCCUUACUUAUAUGCAAGGCGUUGUUGAAGCUAGCAGCACCCGACUUGAAUUCGGACGAAGACGCGAAUUGUGAAGACGAAUUGAUGCCGGAGUUUGAUAUAUUACACGCCCUGACUGGUUGUUUGAAUCUGGUUUAUAAUAUAAAGAAUCCAGAGGCCAUAUGGGACAUAAUUACAAGUGAGGUUCCAUUAUUUACUUGGGACGAUGAUGACGAUACUCUAACUAGCACUGUGAAGUCUAGAAGUACUAAGAAACCUGCUACUAAAGAAACUACGGUUGUCCGGAGAGGAUCUAUGACGUCAAUUCUUAUUGAAGACACAAAGAAUUCUCCUCCUUACGCUCUCCCGGGAAUCACUCCGAGCCACGAAAUGAAUCUCCUCGUGACUAUGGCUAGGGAUUUACCACUUAAAAAACCACUACCUGAACCGGAGGUCCCACUGUGGAAAACAUAUAGAUGGGUUGAUUGGGCGCGUCGCCAUGGUUUGUACGAGGCUUAUGAUUGUCCACGCACACAGUUUCUGAAAGUCAAUGGAUUCUUAAAGCUAUCCCACGCUCCGCAUUUGUUGGAUGUCCAAAGUACCGAAUCGAUUACAUUACAAUUUAGAGAGGAACAUGAUAGGACCAAUCCACCGUUAAAGAAAGGUAUAAGAGAUUUAAAUCGUUCACAAACAGCUAAUUCAGCAACAAUUCAGCAACUAAAGGAAGAAUUGAGGGAAUGGAUACCAUAUCAGACCUUAUAUGAGUUAUUAAAGCAGUUCAGCGUUCUGUUUUACCCUUCUAUGUAUGAGUUUACAUCAGUGGCUAGCAAUCCUCCAGUUAGGAUAACUAAAGCGGCUCCUAAUAAAGCGCUUGAUAUACCUGCUUCUAAGUCGUCACCUCUGUACUUGCAAAUUGAUGGACCCGAUGAGAAUAUUUUAAGAAUUUCCCUGAGCACUCUUCAUCCACGAGUUCUUUUUAAUUGCGGUGUUGCGAUACUGGACCAUAUAGAACCAGCUCAUUUAGUACUGGAAGUUUUUGAAUGGUUCAAUGACUGCGAGUUGCCGAGGGCAAAAGCUUUUAUUCAUACCCGAGGAUAUGAUUCUGUGGAAGUUAAAUUACUACCGGGAAGGCAUUUUUGCAGGGUUUGGGUUCAUUCUCGUAUGAAUUGGCAUGCAAUGUUUCUGAGUGAAUCAUCCUUACUACUUGGAACUCGAGAUGUCAUCCAGUCUGCAGCUGUGAGAGAUUGUCCGUGGGCAUCACGUUUUUUAUGUAACCUCGGCAAUGCUUUUCAAAAUUGGAUAAAAGCAACAAGAUCAGCUGUAAACUUAUCAUUAAAUGAUAGAGAAUUUUACGGAUCAUACCAGCCCGAUUUAGAAUGGGAUCCAAAUAGGGUGGGUUAUGACAAAGCGUUUCUUCAUUGGAUGUUCAGACAGGCUCUACAGUCCAUAUUAUCAAAAAAGCUUGUAAGAUCAGACUACAACAGCGUAUGUUCCGUGUUGAGGAAACACUUUCUUGAUCCAGAUUUUGGGUUCCCACCUAAACCACCGCCUCCAUUAAAGCCAGUGCGAUACAUUGCAGAAGUAGAUCCAUGUGAUUGUGUUAUGCCCGAAGUAGAAGAACAAGAGGUCGUAGAAGAAGAAACAGAAGAACAACAGUUACUGGAGGAAAUUCCAUUGGUAAAUCAAGAAACAAUGGAUCAACUGCUCACUUUACCAAAACCACCUGUAACAUCUCAAGUCUGUGAGCUUGCCACUGAAGAGUUGCCCUGUGGAGUUCUGAAGAACGAAAGGGAAAAAGUCAUACAAAAACAUGAGGCAGCAACAAUACUGCAAGCUUAUUGGAGAGGAACCUGGGUCCGGCAAUGCUUGACCCGCAUGGUCACUCUUACACCUGAAGUCUUAAGACUUAUAAUGGAUAAUGCUUUCGGUAAUAUGGAGGCACUGUCGUCUCUGAUGAACGAAUUCUUCAAAAUGUAUCCAGGGACGAAAAAAUCGUAUUCAGUUGCUUCUGCACUAAGCGGAGUAUACGGGCUUCAGCAACACACCGGAUCCUCACCUAUAAGUCCAAAAUGCAAAUGGAUUCCAUACUUUCAGAGCGUAUUUACUUGUCACGCUCCAGUUAAAGUUCAUUUGGAUGUUCAAAGUUCUCUCCAACACAGCACAUUAGCUGUUUACAAUAACGAUACCGGUGAACAGAUGCCUCAGGCUUACAAUUCCCAUAUAACAUUUAUUUUUCAGCCAAAUGAUCAUGGUUAUACGGUCAUGGGGCAUGGGACAUUGAAUCAACCGUCUGGAGUUAAUAGUGAGGUGCAUUGGCAGUUAACAGUGCUAUCAUCGAUUGCUGAUGUUUUUCACGUAUGUGAUAAUGACAUUGACUCUUGUAAGGAGCUACCACUGUCACCGGCUAGCAAGCUGCAUAUUGAUGAAAUUUUCAUUCCUAAUCGCAAGAAUAUAUUAGGUGGCAUACAAAUAUUGGUCACAAAACAUGAUGCUGUUUGUUUUAGAGCAGCUGCUACAUCCCCAGAGCUUGAAAUGGAAGCGAUUUUACGUACAGUGUGUUCGGAUGGAUCUGUGGAAGAAUUGGGCAGGUGUUCAGGGACGGGAGAGCUGCAGUGGCCUUACAUAAGACUAGAACCGACACUACUCUUAUCCAACAACCAAUUCAAAAAAGUUUCCACUUCCCAAGCAAACUUGGCAUCGACAGCCAAAGAAAACAUGACGAGCGCCCGUUCUUUGAGGACUAAACAAAAGGCACCGAGUGCUAAAAGUAAAUCUGCAACUAGGGUUAAAGAUAUCAAAAUUAAUUUGGAACCGAAGCAGUAUUCAAUUGAAGUCGUGGCUCCGAAAGGAUGGCCUUUGACGUUGGCUCAGUGGAACAGAGUCGAUCAGGUCCGGAAUUCUCAGGAGUCUAACAAAGUGGAAGCCGCUCCUGUCAAGAAACCUGUCAAAGAUAAGGGCGUAUUGAAAGACAAGAUGCAGUCACAAACGCUAUACCAGCCUCAGAUAGGUGAUGCAUAUGUGGAACUGGAAUGCUCGUUGGCGAUCGGUGGUGGUUCUGUGGCCAGGCUUGAUGAUGAACGUGAUAUACAGUUCGCAACAGCAAGAAGAAAUUGGGAUUUACUCGAGCCUGGUAGGAAUGCAAGAGGAGCUCAGAUCAGGAAAGAGUUCAGGGCGGACUUUUUAGAGUCUGUACCACCUCCACAGGCGCUGAGCGAACAAAGUUUAGGAGAGGAGAUACUGGGAGAGGAUUUAUUGGGAGAGGAGAAAAAAGAAACACCGCCUGCGGCACAACAGGGUCCAACGCCAGCAACUGACAGCGGGUCGCUUGAAGUAUCAGAAGAAAGCGAAGAAGAGACCAAGUACUUGACGAUGCCCGAAAUAUUGAAGGACAAAUUUUUACCGUUGUACUUCAUACCAUUGUGUACUAAAGAAUACAAUGAAAGUGAAUGCGUCGUUCUAACACCUGAAAUGGCUGAAGUAGCGAAGAAUGAUCGCCAAAAUCGCAUUGACGCAGCGUUGAAGCGCAUGCGUGAACUGCAGGCUUACAACGAGGAGUAUGUGAUAUACAGGCAACGACAGAGGUGCCACUUACUAGAGAAAUUGUUUGUCGAUUCUCAAUGGAAUGAAGAACUAGAUACCGUUCUUGAAGAGAGAGACGAAGCUAUAGCAAAGGAAGCAUUAAUUCGAACUCUCUCUGCCACAAAAAAGAAACAGGAGGCAAAGAAAAAAUAA